CUGCUUUACAGGGGUAUCUAUCUUCUCCUACGUGUAAAAUUGGACAUUAGACGACGUUUUAAAGCAAAUCGUCCGAUACAUGAGGUGUUUUUAGAGAGGGUGCGGGAACAUCCGCGAAAAGUAGCUUGUAUUGAAGUAGAAACGGGUCGACAAGUCCUUUUUGAUGAGCUCAAUAACCUCACCAAUAAAUAUGCCAAUUAUUUUGCUAGUCUAGGUUAUAAGAAAGGCGAUAUUGUGGCUUUAUAUAUGGAGAACUGUAUCGACUUUUUCGCGUUAUGGUUAGGGUUGUCCAAGGUGACUUCAUUUCUUUCGUCUUUACAAGGGGGUCUUUUAGGUCGCGGAAUACUUUUUCAAAAGGUUUUUUCCGCAUGGAUAGCUCCGUUCAUAACGGUGACGAAAAGAACAGACUGA